AUGUCUCUGGAACAGCUCCCGCCUCUCCGUCCAAGCCAAGACCAGCGUCCAGACAGCUGCGAUCCUCGUGAGAACAACCAAUCAAGACUUACGCUUGUACUAGAUUCAUGGCCUGCACGCUCAGACCUCCACGAAUCUUCAAGCCGCUCCAGAGGUGAUAAAGCGUCUUACUUAUUUUGGCAUAAAGAGCUGGAAGAAUUUCGCCAAGAAUUUCGCCAACAGUUUCGCAAUGUCAGGGAGGAGAUGCACCAAUUGUAUGCUGCAGUGGACGAAGUGAAAAAUGUCUUGAGUUACUGUUAUGCCAACCACUACCCCGGAGAAAACGGAAACUCGUUUCUGCCGCGCAAGCCCUCGACGCCCUCCAACAGUCCUACCACACCUCAAGCGAUGGAAGACUGGGAAGCAUGUACAUAG